UUUUUCAAAUCUGAUUACAACUGGCUGUUUAUGAUAUAUAUUGAAUGAUCUUUUGCUUUAAGAAGAGUAUUUUCAUCAACUUCUUUUUUGCUAUUUUUGUCAUCUUGAUAUUUUGUUGAAUAUGUCUUUUUACAAUUCUUCAAUCAAAGUAACAGAUUUUUUUAUAGGUGGUUUUGAGAAAACUGAAAAGCCUUUUGUGGUUGGUGUGGUUAUAUUAAUUACCUAUGUUCUUGCUAUAUUAGCCAAUAUGAUGAACAUCCUCUUCAUCAUAUAUGACAAGCGAUUACACAAACCAAUGUAUCUUCUGAUUUGCAACCUUGCUGUUGUUGAUAUACUGUACUCCUCCAGUGCCAGUCCAACAAUGAUUGGGGUUCUUGUUGCUGGUGUUAAUACCAUAUCCUAUGUGCCAUGCUUGCUUGAAAUGUUUGCUUUCCAUGUGGGAGGGAUAAUGGAGAUGUUUGCUUUAUCGAUUAUGGCCUUUGAUCGAUUGGUUGCUAUUAGUUGUCCAUUUAAGUACCACAGUUAUUUAACAAAUGUGCGCACUCUUGUCCUUACAUAUAUCCUGUGGAUUGUUGCCUGUGCUCUUGUCUCCAGUCUGCCAGCAACUCUGCUAUCUCUCCCUCACUGCUAUUCAAAGCUGAAGUACACUUUCUGUGACUAUCCUGCCAUAUUACGAACUACAUGUGUUGAUCCCACACCCUACUUCAAUGAGGCGUCCAUCAUAGUGUUUUUUAUUUUAUUUUUCACUUUCACAUUUAUUUGCCUGUCAUACAUUUUGAUCAUAUUUUUUGUUAAAUUAUCCUCAAAUAGUAACAAAAGGAAAAUGGGCAGCACUUGUUUGAGUCACUUGGUUGUGGUAACGUGUUAUUACUGUCCAAUAUUUAUUCUCAUGGUCUUGACCAGGUUGGGUGUGGUAUUAACUCUUGAGGCUCGCCAUGGCUUGAUGAUCGGGACCAUCCUUGGUCCAUCUCUUGUAAAUCCUUUUGUGUACUGUCUUAGGACAAAAGAAAUUAGAUGUAAGAUCUUUGGAAUUUUCAAAAACAGUUGAGACAUUUCAGUAGAUCAUCAUGAACUGUCAGUUUGUUAAUACUUUAUUAUGGAAGAUGCAUCUUUUAUGGUAUAAGUAUUUUGUUAAAACGAGGGAGUGAUUCAUCCAUGUAUUUUAUGAACUGUUAAUCCUGUUCAGGGUUGUAAUGGACAGAAACUUAUCCCAAUAAACAUUGGGUGAGAAGCAGUUUCCAUCCCUGAUAGGUCUGCAAUCUAUUGACAAACACAGUUGCACUCACAAGUUCACAUGCCAGCAAUUUAGACUUUCCAGUUAACUUUACCUGCAUAUCUUUUGACUGUGGGAGGAAACUGGAGGAAACCCACACAGAGCCAAGGAAAAACAUGCAAACUCUCUCACAACUUCACCGUGCCACUUGAUGGAAUAUAUUAUGAAGCAAACAUGUUGUAUAACAGAAGCUGUAUUUGUUUUUUCCACUGCUUUUCAGUAUACCAAAUGCAUACUUACCAGCAUUACUUAUUGUCUGUAACUAUGUCUAUGUCAAUAAACUGUAUGUUGCCGUAGGAGUUUGCAAACUUUCCUCAAACUUUUAAAAA